AUUUUACUAAUUAAGCCAAUAAAAAAAUAUUCCCUUUAACUCAACUCAAGUUGGAGUGUGUAGCUAGCUACUCAAGAUAUUAUUUCCUCAACAUUCAAUUCAACAUUACUCCCUCACCUAAUCACUUUCACUCACUCUCAACCCACUCUCAUUCCCUUCACAAUUCACAUUCCUAAACAUAGAUCCAUGGAUCACUCUACAUUCUUGCACCGUCGUUGCCGCUGCAGCUUCAUUAUCAUCGUUACCAUUUUCAUCUCAGGACUUGCAACAAAAACCGAAUCAAUCGGAAUAAACUACGGACAAAUAGCAAACAACUUACCAUCGCCGGAAGAAGUAGUAUCACUGAUAAAAUGCAUCGGAGCUACGAAAGUGAAACUCUACGACGCAGAUCCAAAAGUUCUAAAAGCAUUCGCAAACACCGGAAUCGAAUUCAUGGUAGGAUUAGGAAAUGAAUAUCUUUCCAAAAUGAAAGAUCCAAACAAAGCUCAAACAUGGAUCAAAACCAAUCUACAACCCUAUCUUCCAUCAACAAAAAUCACUUCCAUUUUCGUCGGAAACGAAGUUCUAACAUUCAACGAUACUUCACUCACAUCAAGUCUUCUCCCUGCAAUGCAAAGCAUACACACUGCACUCAUCACUCUCGGACUCAACAAACAGAUAACCGUUACAACAACUCAUUCAUUAGCAGUUCUUCAAACUUCUUAUCCACCUUCUUCUGGAACUUUCCGUCCAGACCUAGCUCCAUGCCUAACUCCGAUCCUAAGCUUCCAAGCCAAAACUGGAUCUCCUUUCUUAAUCAAUGCUUAUCCUUAUUUUGCUUAUAAAGAUAAUCCGAAGCAAAUUUCAUUGGAUUAUGUACUUUUUCAACCAAAUCAAGGAAUGGUAGAUCCUGCAACAAAUCUACAUUAUGAUAACAUGCUUUUCGCGCAGAUUGACGCGGUUUAUUCGGCGUUAGGAGCAUUAGGUUACGGAAAAAUGCCAGUGCAUAUUUCCGAAACCGGUUGGCCUUCGAAAGGAGAUGAAGAUGAAGUUGGUGCGACGGUUGAGAAUGCUAGAAAGUAUAAUGGAAAUGUGAUGAAAUUGAGUAGUAAGAAAGGAACACCGUUGAGACCUGAAGUUGAUUUGAAUAUUUACGUUUUUGCCCUUUUCAAUGAGAAUAUGAAACCUGGACCAACUUCUGAGAGGAAUUAUGGAUUGUUUAAGCCUGAUGGUAAUCCUGCUUAUAAUCUUGGAUUUUCUUUGUCUUCUUCUUCGUCUUCAUCUUCGUCGUCUUCCUCUUCUAAUUCGAGUAAUUCUUCGAAUGAUGGUGGGAAUCAUGGUUCUGGAUCUGGUGCUCCGCCUCAUCCUCCGACUUCUUCUUCUUCUGGUUAUUUGGCCAUUUCCUCUGCUACUUCACUGGAGAGAUACCAUUUGCUUGGACUUUAUUUAUCCUUACUACUGCCAUUGUUGAUGAUUCUGAAGUUCUGAGACAUUUUCACUGCAAAUGAAUCCAAAGAAGACACGAGGGGGGCAUCAUUGCAAUUUAGAGAAGAGUAAAGGCAUUAUUGAUGAGAAAGGAGUGAAAGAGAGAAUACAUUAUCUUCUCUUUACAAUGUCUCUUACCAGUCUAUAGCUAGGAAGGAAAGGUAAUUGUCAAGAACAUCAAGCAAGUGCCUUGUGCCCCGCCACACCAUGCCAGUUUAUGUAUUUAUUUAUUUAUGGAUCCUAUUUUUAUUAUUGGUUCUCAUUUUGAGAUAUUUUUUCAUAAUAAUGUGCUAUGUUCGUUCAUAUUUGUGA